AGACGCGACGAGUGAUGGGACGCACGCGAAGAAGCCGCGAGGAUCCCUGUCCAAUCUCGAUGGCUUAUUGCUUGGAGGGCUGUGGAUCAGAGCGCAUUAAGAGCAUGUCGGGCUCUGGUUGCCAUGGUUUUGGAGUAAAAUCAUACCUGCACCACUUCUACGAGGAGUGCACAGCCUCUGUGUGGGAGCAGGAGGAGUCUCCAGGCCAGAGCUCACCACAGUGCUGGAGUGCUGGCAUCUGCAGGGUCCCUCUCGUGUUGGGAACGGUAGUGCUGGCUGCUGGCCUGGUGGUGCUAGCCAUGGGAUUCGUCGUGCCCUCCCGGAUCGAGGCAUUCGGGGAAGGGGAACUUCUGUUCGUGGACCAGAAGGCGGUGCGGCACAACCAGGGGCUGCAGGCCUGUGUGCAGGCUGGCACAGGCAUGCUCAGUCUUGGGGGGCUGCUGCUGGCUGCUGGCUUCCUGGUGUCAGCCUUGUCCAGACCCACACCCAGGCCAGACACUAGAGAGCAUGGGAGCAGAGCUGCAAAGCUGGUCACCAAGCCUCCCAGUCCAGCAGCAGGUGAUGGAGCUGGUCUGUUUGCUGUUUCCAAAGUAGAGAGUGUCCAGCCUACUUCUUAAGUACUUCAUAUAAACACAAACCUCUGAAGAUCUUGAUACUCCAAGCUAGUCUUGCUCAGAUGUAAUGAUAUAGUGUUGUUUUUCUUUUCAGAGCAUCAGUGAUUUGUACAUGAUUUGUUUUCAGAGAACAUCAUCUCUCAUGCAGUGAAUUAGUAGUUCUUGGUACUCUCUCAGUUUAUUAAUGUGAGAAAAGUAUAAGUUGUCUUCUUUAUGUCAUCCACAAGUUUGUGCUGUUCAUUUCAUUUGAUUUUUGAUUACAUAAUCUCACUUACAAGAUCAGAGGUUCAUUAAAGUUGCAUUUAUCAUUAGUUCUUGUGUACAGCCUGAGAAUCAGGGAGUGUUGGCAGCAGUACAUCACCUGACCACAUAAGCUGAAGCGGUUAACCUCAUACACACCUACUCCUCUGUGGUUACCUGGCAACCUCUCUGUCAUGUAAUCCACCCUAUCAAGAAGAGGGAAAAAAAAGGUCUGCGUGCCUGUCACACCUCUCCAUUCACAGUAGUCAUGAAGAUCAGAGCACAUGAAGAUGUUUAUAGCCAUGGACGCUUCACAGCAAUACACCUUAAUUACUGCCACACAACACUUUUAAGUCACUCUUUUACAUUAUGUCUUCUUGUGUUUUCUCAUUACCACUUUUGUAAGAUGUUUUUGAUUUCAAUCUUUUAAUUGCAUAUUUAAUUGCAUACUUUCACCCUUUUAUUGUUUGUUUGUUUCAUUGUGUAAAAGGCUUGAAAUUUGAAAACUACCCUCUAAAUAUGUUCAAUAAAUGAUCAGUAAAUUCUGUGGUGAGUACUGGGCUGUUCUUCCCUUCUGAUAUCUGCCAUGCGUGAAUACUUUGAUAUCAUCAAUGAAACUGGCUCUGGCUAAACCAGGGAACGCUCAGUAUGAAUGUCCAUCUAUCGGUCAGGUAUCACAGAAGAUAUAAACAGACCUACGAAAUGUGGCGAUGACUCAUUCCACUA